CGGGUGGAUACCACGCAGGUCGGAGCAGCCCCUGGAACCAUGACCGCAUCCUGGAUCCCGCGUGUCUGCCUCGGUGUGCGUCUGCUGCUGCUGCUGCUGCUGUCGCCGGAGCCCGCGGGCGGCGAGGGAGCCGCUCCCGUUGCAAUCACGUGCUUCACGCGAGGCCUGGACAUCAGGAAAGAGAAAGCAGAUGUCCUCUGCCCAGGGGGCUGCUCUCUUGAGGAGUUUUCUGUGUUUGGGAACAUAGUGUACGCUUCGGUAUCCAGCAUAUGUGGGGCUGCUGUCCACAGGGGAGUGAUCAGCAUCUCAGGAGGACCUGUGCGAGUCUAUAGUCUACCUGGUCGAGAGAACUAUUCCUCCGUCAAUGCCAAUGGCGUUCAGUCCCAAAUGCUUUCCAGGUGGUCGGCGUCCUUCACGGUGACUAAAGGCAAGAGCAGUACACAAGAAGCCACAGGACGGUCAGUGUCCACAGCACAUCCACCAACAGGCAAACGACUAAAGAAAACACCGGAGAAGAAAACUGGCAACAAAGACUGUAAAGCAGACAUUGCAUUUUUGAUCGACGGAAGCUUUAAUAUUGGGCAGCGUCGUUUUAAUUUACAGAAGAAUUUCGUUGGUAAAGUAGCUCUCAUGUUGGGAAUUGGAACAGAAGGACCACAUGUAGGCCUCGUUCAAGCCAGUGAACAUCCCAAAAUAGAAUUUUACUUGAAAAACUUUACAUCAGCCAAAGAUGUUUUGUUUGCCAUAAAAGAAGUAGGUUUCCGAGGGGGUAAUUCCAACACAGGAAAAGCCUUGAAGCACACUGCUCAGAAAUUCUUUACAGCAGACACUGGAGCGAGAAAAGGGCUCCCAAAAGUGGUGGUGGUGUUUAUCGAUGGCUGGCCUUCUGAUGACAUCGAGGAAGCAGGCAUUGUGGCUAGAGAGUUUGGUGUCAAUGUAUUUAUAGUUUCUGUGGCCAAGCCCAUCCCCGAAGAACUAGGGAUGGUUCAGGAUGUCGCAUUUGUUGACAAGGCCGUGUGUCGGAAUAAUGGCUUCUUCUCCUACCACAUGCCCAAUUGGUUUGGUACCACUAAGUAUGUGAAGCCUUUGGUACAGAAGCUCUGUACGCACGAGCAGAUGAUGUGCAGUAAGACCUGCUAUAACUCAGUGAACAUCGCCUUCCUCAUCGACGGCUCCAGCAGUGUCGGAGACAGUAAUUUCCGCCUCAUGCUUCAGUUUGUUUCAAACAUAGCCAAGACCUUCGAAAUCUCAGACAUCGGUGCAAAGAUAGCUGCUGUGCAGUUCACUUAUGAUCAGCGCACAGAAUUUAGUUUCACUGACUACAGCACUAAGGAGAAUGUGCUGGCUGUCAUAGGAAACAUCCGCUAUAUGAGUGGUGGAACCGCUACUGGUGACGCCAUUUCCUUUACUGUUAGAAACGUGUUUGGUCCUAUAAGGGACAGCCCUAACAAGAACUUCCUGGUAAUUGUCACGGAUGGGCAGUCCUAUGAUGAUGUCCGAGGCCCUGCUGCGGCAGCACAUGAUGCAGGUAUCACCAUUUUCUCUGUUGGUGUGGCUUGGGCACCUCUGGAUGACCUGAAAGACAUGGCCUCUAAACCAAAGGAGUCACAUGCUUUCUUCACAAGAGAGUUCACAGGAUUGGAACCCAUUGUCUCUGAUGUCAUUAGAGGCAUAUGUAGAGAUUUCUUAGAAUCUCAGCAGUAAGGGUGAUAUUCUGACAGCCAAAUCAGUGUAAGAGGAUCUAAUGUACAAACUGUAUUCUCACAAUACCAAAAUAAUGACAUAGCAUACCAGGAUCAAAUAUUCACAUUAACUAGUCAACAGCUGUUUUAAGCAAGUAAGCAUUCAUUUAAAGCUACCACCUUAAGUUGUUCAAAACAGUUGGCUGAAGCUUCAUAAUCAUGGACCCUAGAAACUCAGGAAAGAAGUAUUAUGGAUUAAAACUGUAAAAAUUCAAGUAUGCCUAUUAAAUGUAGAUAUGCAACAUCUAAUAGCUCAAUAAAAGAAUCUGAUACAUAGCCCAAAAACA